AUGGACGUCACCUGUGCGCCCCCCAGCGCCGCCGGCUUCCCCCCAACGUCGACCCGCCAUCGUCGCCCUCGGCAGCAAAACCAUCGCCUCGGCCGCCACCUCAACCUCAACAUCGACGCCGCCCUCCUGCCCCGGCGCAGAAGCCGCAGCAACAGCAGCAGCAGCAGCCCCUCCACCAGCAGCUGCAGUAGCGCCUACGGCACCGACCAUCGUCGCGCCGCCGCCCACCGCCUCGAACAGCAGCAGCAGCAGCAGCAGCAGCCGCACCACCACCACCACCACCAGCCGCACCACCACCACCACCAGCCAUCAUCAUCAUCAUCACCAUCACCCUCACCCUCAGCCGCACCCCCCGCCGCCCCCUCCGCCGCCUGCACCCCGCCUUCGUCGGCAACGCACCACCACCCAAGCCCCGAGGUCAUCUCAAACCUCAUCACAAGCCUUGCCGCCGUCUCCCCCCCCUCGGCCGGCGGCUACUUCGACUCUCGUCACUCCUCCGCCAGCCUCAUCCUCCCCGACCCCGCCGCCUGCCCCAGUCCCCUCCCCUCGUCGGGCAGCUUCGGCGUUGACUACGGCGCCUACAACCGCCCCAGCCUCGAUCACCCCGCCCGCGAGCCCCUCUCCCUAGACGACCUCGCCGCCUGUCCCCCCGUCAUCCGCACCGCCAAGCCUCCGAGCGGCUUUUCCCCCCUCACCGCCGCCCCCGCCCGCCACAGCUCUCACGACAGCGUCUCGGGCCUGCGCUCCUUCAUCCGCAGCAGCAGCACCACCGCCUCCCGCCCCUCCUCCCGGGGCUCCGCAGUCUCCAAGAAUGACGAUGCUCACAGCAUCGGCAACCUCUCGAUAGAACGCGCCUCCGCCCUGACCCCGGACCUUAAGCCCCGCCGCUCCCUCGACAGCUGGGGUAGAAAGGCCGCCCGAGGCGCCAAGGGGCUCAAGUACAUGACCUCCCGGGAACGACUCCGCGAGAGGGAUCUAGACAGGAAGCGCGCCUCGGCCGGGAGCAGCCCCGUCCCCGGCCAGGUCCCCGGCAUCGUCCUCAGCCCCGGCGACGGCCCCACCGAGGCCCCGAGGCCCGACCCCUUGUUCGCCGAGACGGCCAUCCGCGGGGAGCUGAGCGUCUCCGCCGCCGACCAGCGCGGCAUGGCUAGCCCCAACCCCAUCCCCUCACGAGACUCGAGUCUGCGGACCCCGACCUCGCGUCGAAAGCGUCUCGGCCCCCGCCACUCCACCAGGGACGGCGAGCACCCCUGGGGCGACGCCAUUCUCGAGGAUGACGAGCAUUCGCGCGCCCGAGCGCAUGACCCGUUCGAGUCGGAAAUGACGGCCAUGGCCGACAAGUCGUUUCUCCUCGGGCUCGAGGACGAGUUUCCUACGCCGCCCCGGACCACCCCGGCGGCGAGCAGGCAGGCCCGCCCUCGCACCCGCCCCAAGGAGCACGCCGUCGAGCGCGACGACGAGAGCGCUCCCUAUCCCUCUGUUUCUAGUGGACGCCGGCGCGCCGAGCACAGUACCGAGCGCAGUGGCAGCCGCGUCUCGGGCAGGCAGAGCCCUGCGCCCCGAGACGCCCUCAAGCUCAAGCGCAGCAGCUCCAAGCUCAAGCGGCUCUCGGCCGGGCCCCUGAGCCCCCGCAGCGACGAGCGGCCCGGCUCGGCCGACUCGGUCGACGACGCCGUCGAGUCCUAUCUCUGCUCCCCGCGCCUCUCCCAGAAGAUCCGGCACCCCCAGACCGGCCGCGUCAUCUCCUUUUCCGAAGUCGGCGACGCCAAUGGGUCCGCCGUCUUUUGCUGCGUCGGCAUGGGCCUGACGCGGUACAUUACCGCCUUUUACGACGAGCUCGCCCUGACGCUCAAGUUGCGCCUCAUCACCCCGGAUCGGCCUGGCGUGGGCGACAGCGACCCAUACUCGGACGGCACGGCCACGCCCCUAAGCUGGCCAGACGACGUCUAUGCCAUCUGCCAGGCCCUCAAGAUCACCAAGUUUUCCAUCCUCGCCCACUCGGCCGGCGCCAUCUAUGCGCUCGCAACGGCCCUACGCAUGCCUCAGCACAUCCGAGGGCGCAUCCACCUCUUGGCGCCCUGGAUCCCGCCUUCUCAGAUGAACGUCUUUGGCUCGACGCAAGCAAUGCCCCCGACCAACGCCAUCCCGACGUCCCAAAAGAUUCUGCGCGCGCUGCCGACUCCCAUCCUCAAGGCGGCUAACUCGAGCUUCAUGACGGCCACGAGUAGCUCUAUCACGAGCUCCCUGCCCAAGAACCCGCGGCGGACGAAGCGCAAGGCGACGCUCAGCAAGGACCUCAACGCGGCCCCGGGCCGUAACGCGACGCCCAUGCUCGACGCCGACAGCCUCGGACAAGGGGCCUAUGGAAGGGAUGACGAGGGCGUGCCAGGGCCCCCGACUGCGACGGAGAACAUGGACCGCAUGCAGCCUCCUCAAGGGGCCAUUGGCGCGACGUUCGCCCCGGUGGCCGACCGAGAGCGGCAGAUGACGUACGACACGCGACUGACGCACGCGAUUUGGGAGCUGGCGACGACGGGGGCCAACCCGGCCGUCGACCUGCUCGUGUGCCUCGAGCGGCGACACACGAUUGGGUUCCGCUACGUGGACAUUACGCGGCCCGUCGUGAUCCACCACGGCAGCCGGGACACGCGCGUGCCCGUUGACAACGUCAAGUGGUUGGGCAAGACGAUGCGGCGGUGCGAGGUGCGGGUGCUCGAGGGCGAGGGCCACGGGCUCAUGGCGAGCGCGGGGGUCAUGGGCUCGGUGCUCAUGGAAAUGAGCAAGGAGUGGGAGGACUGGAUGCGGGCGACGGGGGCGGAUGGGAGGAAGGACCGUGACCGGGCCAGGCGCGCGACGCUCGUGGCUAGAUGA